AUGCCUAUUGUUGAUGAUCAUCAAGAGAACACAGACGACCAUAAACGCAGCCCCUGUGAUGCAAACUGGAGAUAUUAUGGAGAUAGCUGCUAUGGGUUGUUCAAACACAACUUGACAUGGAAAGAGAGUGAGCAGUACUGCACUGACAUGAAUGCUACUCUCCUGAAGAUUGACAACCAGAACAUUCUGGAAUACAUCAAAGCCAGGACUGGUUUAAUUCAUUGGGUCGGAUUAUCCCACCAGAACUCUAAUGAGGUCUGUAAGUGAGAUGGCUCAGUUCUCUAAAAAAAUAUGUUUGAGCUUUCUGAAGAUGGAAAAGGAAAUAUGAAUUGUGCCUAUUUUCAUAAUCAGAAAAGGCACCCUACCUUCUGUGAGAACAAACAUUAUUUAAUGUGUGAGAGGAAGGCUGGUAUGGCCAAGGUGGACCAGCUACCUCAAUGCAAAGAAAGGGGCAGGAUAUCACAGAUAAGGGCUUUAUUGCACAAUAAAAGUUCUGAAUGA